UGAAUAUAUUAAUACGUUUACAUUAAGUUACAAUGUGAGUCCUUAUUGCUGCAUUCCCAAUCCAGAUACGAAACACGACGACAAAAAUGCGAUGCCUCCUUAUUCUCGCCGUUGCUAUGACAGCCGUUAUGGCCGCUCCCCACGAAAGGAGCAUUUAUGAUCAGCUAUCGCAUUUCGUCAGCCUGGAUGUGCUGAAGCAGGACCUGCAGUUGGUGCUGAACGUACUCGGUAGUGACCCCACGGAGCAGGCAUGCGAGGCUGAGUGGCACAAGCUGUUCUCACAGGGCCUCGUGACACACGCCGCGUCCCUCGUCUGCCACUCGUUUCAAGCUUUGGUGAAUCACUUCAAUCUGGUUCCGUCGGGAUCUGCCGCCGUCGGCAAGAGAUUCCUGCUGGACGACACACUUGCCUUCCUAGCGCGUGCGCUGGGCGUGAACACGACCUACCUGAGUCAGAAGACCAGCGAGAUUAUUGCGGCGGUCGGAAGUGAACCAACGGAGGCUCUUUGUGAACAGGAAGCGCACAAGGUGUUCGCUGGCACCCUGAUUGACCACGGCGUGCCUCUGUUCUGCAGAUCGUUCCAGAAGUUGGUUCUGCAACUCGGACUGAACCACCCCGUCCCGGCCCGUCGGACCGCCAUGCUGUCCAUCAACUAUUAUAUGUUUCAUUUAUAGGUUAUACUAGAAGGCAUCCGUACAGCUACUCCGUUACAACACAAAGAACACUAUUUUUGAAUUUUUAACAUGUUGAUCGGUAAUAAAAUAUUUUGAAAAUGA